AAGCAGUUGAAAUUACUCUUCUCCAUGCUUUGAAGCAUUUCGAAGUUCAUCUCGAUGCAUCGCAGGCCGACCUGCCCAUCAUCUGUCCAGAAAUCCGUGACAUGCUCAUGGAUGCAGUUGAUAGUGCAGCGAGUGCUUUCCGCUUCAAGAAUUCGCGAGCCUCUGUAGCCUUCCAGUGCCCCUGCAGCCCAGACGACAUGCACACAGCCACUCUAAAUGAAGCCCACUCCAACCUCAUCUGCACACUGACGGGGAAGAACAUUCGAGGAGGCCUUACACCUGCUCAGAGGGUGUGGCUUAGACCACAAACUGCUCCAGGUGAGACUUCGGAUUGUGAGUGUGUGUGUCUUGUGUACACUCUGUUGUUUGAUUUAAGUCAGUGUUGAAACUGAUAAUAGUGUUUUCUCCUCUUUUCCACAGUCGCCGAAUCAGCUACAACUUCUCUCUCGACUAGUGGACCUAUGUCGUCUCUCACUGACCCUCCCUCCCCGUCUUCUCCGUCUUCCAGAAUGGCGUCCCUGUUACCCAGUGGCUCAGUACAGACCUCAGCUCCUCCAACCAACCCAGCCACCUCUGCAGACAGCUCAUCUUCUCCUUCCUCCACACACCUCUCCUCUCCUCCAACCAGAAUGACUGAGACUAGCAGACUUCAGAGAUGGACACAGAAAGUACGAAGUAGGUUUUCAUCCUCAUCCUCAACUACUCCUUCUCACCAACAUCUCUCUGCACCUCCAUCAAGAAUGGUCCCCCAGUUGGUCAGUAGCUCACGGAUGGGAGAGAGAGACACAGCACGGAUUGGAGGUCUGCUACUGACUCUCUUUCUCUCUUUAACCUAGUCUUCAUGUUUCAAACCCUACUGUUUGAUCUUGGUUCUAGCGAGUUCUGAAAUCUGAUUGGUCAAUCAGUUGUAGGAUGGCUGCAUGCGAAGCGUAUGCCAUUAUAUAUUAUAUUGAACUUGUGCAAACAGUACUGCUAUUCCAACCUCCAACUAUAGUCAAACUGGUAGGCAUUGUUGGUUUGUCGUUUCGUUUACUUAUGUGGGUACAACAAAUGCAAAACUAUUCAAAUCCUUGUUGGAAAUUGCUAGAAAUAUUAGUGUUUAGGUACAGCUAGAUAGUAUCGCUAUUCCAACCUACUGUAUAGUCCUUCCUUCCUCCACUCGUCACUCCAUCUCUUACUCCGUAUUUUGUAAGAUCACCCCAAUACCUUCUCCUCUAGUCUCCUCCUCCUCCUUUUGCAUCACCAAUUACGUUCAUGUUUCAAUUUAUGACAAUCCUCUUCUGCUGUGUUUUUACAACCCUAUAAUCUCUUUUUUGGCACACUUGACGUGAUCACAUUCUGUUUUACUCACUUCCUUAAUCUUUGUUUUUUUAUAACCUCUCUUUCUCUUUCUCCUUCCUCUCUCCCUCUCAUAUUUUGUCCCCUUUCUUUUCUUUUUGUAAGGGUGCACAGCAGCGAUUACGUUUGUAAACCUCUCUUCUACUUGCCUCUCUGGUAUCGUUCCAUUAGAUGUUAUUUCAUCACCAAUUAUUUAUUCUCGAUUUUUCUCUUCUGACUCGUUUUGUACCACCCUAGGUUGUGCAUUUUCCUCUACCUCUGUCUAUAUUAUGUUGUAUGAUGACUGAGAGUAAGAUCAA